CCGCGACAGCGCGGGCGGCCGGGGAAGCUGCGGCCGUCCGGAGACUUCCCGCUCGGGACCAGACUCCGCUGCGAUGCUGCUGGAAACGGAGCUCGAGCAGGACCGAGAUAGGCCCGGGGCCCCCGCCGCGCACACCCUCUGCACCUUCGGGGGUACUCGGGGUAAGAGCUACUGUAGAAGCUCGGGGUAGAAGCUGCCUGGACGGCCCAGGCCUGCGGGAAGGAGGAGAGGGGAGCAGGGCAGGAAUGGCUACAGGGUGACUGCAAGAGGGACAGGGAGUGACCACAGAACCUCCCGACUGCUCGGCUCCCCAAACCGCCCCGUCCUAUGGCAAGGAAUUUCUGGCUGCCUCUCCCCCUUCACUGUCCUCCCCAGGGGCCAUUCCAUGGCCACGGACGUUGGGAGAUAAUAGAGGCAUUGUUGGCGGGCCAGCCAGAUGCCUGGAGCGUGGGGCCGCCCCUUACCCAGCCCCACCGCCGCUGCCGCAGCUGACACUCAACGGCCCACACCCCGUGCCCUGGCGCCCACUCUGCCCAGCAGGGCAUGCUGGCCCUCCUUGCAGAGUGGCGCUGGCAGGAGGUCUGUGUAUGUCCACAUCCUCCUUCAGCCCUUGGUCCUCAUAGCUCGCGUACCAAGCACAGAUGCAGGUGAACGGGGUCACUGUCCUCUGGCUGAGGGCUGGGGAACCGUGAGGCUCGCUGAUACCAACCCACUGGCUUCCCAGCACUUCCCAGGGCCGCCCUGCAAUGGCCAUACAGGCCUAUGCCCACGCCUUGGGCCUCCUGCAGAGAGAAAGGGGUGUCCUGACCGUUGGGGGCCAGGGCAGCUCCACGGGUUCACCUGGGCAGCUCCACGGGUUCACCUGUGCGCACUGGGGCAGGAUGCCGGGAAACCAGGCGCCAAGAGGUUUUGUGCACGCCGGACCAGGGCGCUGCAACGCACAGCUCCGGGCUCAGUCCACCUGGCCCGGUCUUGGCUGCCUAUCCAGGCUGAAUCCAGGCAGCUUAGCUCCUGAGAGUUACCCCUCCACGGGCAUUUCCAGCCAUGGCGCGGAUGCCCACGUUGCUGGAGGUCCCGGGUGGCGUCUGGCUCAGGGAGCUGUCUCUGGGAUUUAGUGGCCUUCUGCAGCCGGACGUGGUCUCGAGGCCUCUUGGCUGUGAAGCUCCCGAGGCCAAACUUCAGGGGGAGGAGAACCCGGCUCCCUCCGGUGCCCGCACCCCACCUCUUGCGGCGCCCUGGGGAGGCAGCUGCAGGGUAGGAGCCAGCGCCAAGGGCAGCACCGACCGGUCCUGCCCCGCGGCCCAGGCCCAGCCCGCGCACGCCCGCAACCCCGCCCCGCGCCGCGGCCCCGCCCCUGCGCUCCGCCCUCAGCCGCGAGGCUCGGGUCGGGCUGCCCGCGGGCGCAGCGACCAGCAGCGCGGGAGCGAUUCAGACUCUAGCCGGGUCCCCAGGCAUCGCGGGGCACAGGGGCGUGGUUCGAAGGUGGUGGCCCCAUGGAGGCGCGCGCAGAGCUGGACCCAGCGCGGGAGUCGGCGGGCGGCGACCUGCUCCUGGCGCUGCUGGCGCGGAGGGCGGACCUGCGCCGAGAGAUCCCGCUGUGUGCAGGCUGCGACCAGCACAUACUGGACCGCUUCAUCCUGAAGGCGCUGGACCGGCACUGGCACAGCAAGUGCCUCAGGUGCAGCGACUGUCACACGCCGCUGGCCGAGCGCUGCUUCAGUCGGGGCGAGAGCGUCUACUGCAAGGACGACUUCUUCAAGCGCUUCGGGACCAAGUGCGCGGCAUGCCAGCUGGGCAUCCCGCCCACGCAGGUGGUGCGCCGUGCCCAGGACUUCGUGUACCACCUGCACUGCUUUGCCUGCGUGGUGUGCAAGCGGCAACUAGCCACGGGUGACGAGUUCUACCUCAUGGAGGACAGCCGGCUGGUGUGCAAGGCAGACUACGAAGCAGCCAAGCAGCGAGAGGCUGAGGCCACUGCCAAGCGCCCGCGCACAACCAUCACGGCCAAGCAGCUGGAGACGCUGAAGAGCGCGUACAACACCUCGCCCAAGCCCGCGCGACAUGUGCGUGAGCAGCUGUCCUCUGAGACCGGGCUGGACAUGCGAGUUGUGCAGGUCUGGUUCCAGAACCGCCGGGCCAAGGAGAAGAGGCUAAAGAAAGAUGCUGGCCGGCAGCGCUGGGGACAGUACUUCCGCAACAUGAAGCGCUCCCGUGGGGGCAGCUCCAAGUCCGACAAGGACAGCAUCCAGGAGGGGCAGGACAGUGACGCUGAGGUCUCCUUCAACGAGGAGCCCUCCCUGGCCGAAAUGGGCCCCACCAACGGUCUCUAUGGCAGCCUGGGGGAGCCCACCCCUGCCCUGGGCCGGCCCACGGGAGCCCUGGGCAGCUUUGCGCUGGAGCACGGAGGCUUGGCCGGCCCGGAACCCUACCGAGAGCUGCGCCCAAGCAGCCCCUAUGGCAUCCCCCAGUCUCCUGCGGCCCCGCAGAGCCUCCCCGGCACUCAGCCCCUGCUCUCUAGCCUGGUAUACCCCGACACCAGCCUGGGUCUUCUGCCCCCGGGCGCACCAGGUGGCACCCCGACCAUGAGGGGGCUGUCGGGGAAUGGACCCAGCUCUGACCUGUCUACGGGGAGCAGCGGGGGUUACCCCGACUUUCCUGCCAGCCCGGCCUCCUGGCUGGACGAGGUGGACCAUGGUCAGUUCUGACUGAGGCUGCAAGCGCCACCCAGCACUGCACGGGAGGGUGGGCGGCGCUGGCCACCCCAGGACCUCAGAUGGCAGCCAGAUGAGGCCGUCUCGGGAGGGCUGGAGCCUGCGGAGCCUGCAGAUCCCGCCUUCCGCCUGACCCUCCUCGGCUGCUCGGGCCGGCGCCCGGCUCCUCCCGGGAAGGAUGUAGCUGUGGCUGCCCAGAAGCUAGACUGUGGCUGCGUUUUGCAGGCGACGCCCCCUCGCCCUCAUCUUGAGUGUCUGCAGCUGCUCGGACCUGCAAGGCCCAGGGCUGGCCUCUGUCCCACCGCUACUGCGCUGGGCUGGAAAUGCUUUAACAUCUGACAGUAAAGAUGCUAAUGACUGUGUUUUCAUUCCCCUGGCUCCUAAGCUGCUGAGUCGUUGAUCCUUGACCCCCAGAGGUCAGAGAUCGGGCUUGCUGGUGCAGGCUGCGGUGGGAGGGGCCAUGUGGAUCCUCUGUUGCCCGAGAUAAGACCCCGGGGGUCCUUUCCUCCCCAGGGUUCUGGGGCCUCACUGGAGCCCCUGCUCCUCCUCUCCUGGAUCUCAGCAGCCCCAAGGUGGUCCUGAGUACCCUGUGGAGGAUGUGGGAUUCCCAGGGUUCCUGGUGGGCCCAGAUCCCUCCUUUCCCCUUGGUAUUGUCCAGGCUCCACCGAGGACUCAGGUGCCAAACAGCCGGCCCUCCCCAGGGGAGGUGUGCGGGCGGAGCUCCCCCACUGUGGAUGCUGGGAGGCGCCUGCAGCCCCAGCACUAGUCCAAGUCAUUCCCCAAAGCAAAAUUGGGGCUACCUGUUGGUUCUGUGACCGUCCUGUGACUUUUAUUUAUUCUCUGGUGAUCAGCUCUUUUUUUUUUUUUUUUUUUUUUUUUUUGUGUCUUUUUCCUUUUUAUCGGUACCGGGGAUUGAACUCACGACUGCCUGCUUGCAGGGCAGGCGUUUAUGCCGCUGAGCUAAAUCCCCAGCCACAACCAUGGUGACCAGCUUUUUCCAAGACUUCAAUAAAUUGGUCAGUUGCA